AUGGUAGCACCCCGGGCAGGCGAUGAGAAAGACCAGGACAAGCCGCCCUCGCGCCACGUUCAUGUAUCCACCAGCUCCACCCAUCUCCUCGAUGCCCCUGGCCUCCCUGAAGGACUUUUGCCCUUUGGGAACCAAGUGGCCUGCAGGUCCACUUACCUUCCAAAAAGAAACACUGUCAGACUGGUCCUGGACAAGCUCCUCCCCUUCAUCUGGGCUGCUGGGCCCCAUAUAUACGAUGUAGGCCUUGAUUUGUCUGUCAGGCUGUCGGGGAUCAACAAUGGGAGGAAUCACCCCCCCCACCCGGGAAAACAAUUGUGGUUAUCUGACGGGUCUCUCGACGCGACGCUUUUUGGUGCCCCAGACCGAAACCAACAUCGAGACCACUCUCCAACCGGACGAGCAGACACCAUCUAUCUCUCGUCCCGUGCACUGGUACCGAGCCCACGGCUUUGCUCCCUCGAUCAUAUGAGUCUUCUCACAAUGAGGGCGGUGGGUUCGACCCCCCUUGGAUACCUGUCUGUCUCUGGAGUCUCAUGA